AUAUUUUGUUUAGUUAUUUGAAUUAGUUUAUCAAAAAUGACCAAUAAACCCAUCUCUAGUUCCAAUGUGCUCCGGUUUUAAGGAUUUUGGAGUUCACUCCACAGAGCAACCACUCUAAAGACAUUUCGCAUGGUUAAUUGGUGAAUUAGCAUUUUCGUUGAAAAUUUUCCUAACAAGUAUUUUAACAUUCGAAUUUUUGAUCUAUUUAAUAUUACCACAAUUUAGUGUGAUUUUGAUCAAUAUGGAUUAUGAUUGAUAUGAAUUUUGAUCAAGAAACAAAUUGACGUCAGAAUAUUGCGUCACCGAGCUUGCGCUGGUCAAUCUAUGAAUUAGUGAUUCAUUAGUUAGUGUGUCAGGAAUUAUUGCAUGUCUAAAUAGUUAAAUUUGCAAAGAAAAAACAUGCUUAUCAAAGAAUACCGAGUAACCCUACCGCUUACUGUAGAAGAGUAUCAAGUUGCUCAGUUGUUUAGUGUGGCAGAGGCCUCCAAAGACAAUACAGGUGGUGGAGAAGGUAUAGAAGUAUUGAAAAAUGAACCAUUCACAAAUUUUCCCCUUCUCGGUGGUAAAUAUAACAGUGGCCAGUAUACUUACAAAAUUUACCAUUUGGCUAGUAAAGUACCUUCUUUUAUAAGACUUUUGGCGCCAAAGGGUAGUUUGGAAAUUCAUGAAGAGGCUUGGAAUGCUUAUCCUUAUUGUAGGACUGUUAUUACGAAUCCCGGCUACAUGAAGGAAAAUUUUGUGAUUUGUAUUGAAAGUAUGCACAUAGCCGAUAAUGGUCAUCAAGAUAAUGUUCACGACUUGCCAAACGACAAACUGAAACAAAGAGAUGUUGUACAUAUUGACAUUGCCAAUGAUGCAGUGGCAUCUGGAGAUUAUAAAGAAGACGAAGAUCCAACGAAAUUUAAAUCUGUUAAAACAGGCAGAGGUCCACUGAUAGGACCUGAUUGGAAAGAUAAAGUUAGUCCUGUUAUGACCUGCUAUAAGUUAGUUACAGUAGAGUUCAAAUGGUUUGGAUUACAAACAAGGAUAGAAAGUUUUAUUCAAAAAUCCGAAAGGCGGUUAUUCACAAAUUUCCAUAGACAAGUUUUCUGUUGGAUGGACCGCUGGCACGGUCUGACCAUGGAAGAUAUCCGUGCGAUAGAAGAUAAAACGAAAGAAGAAUUAGAAGCUCUUCGUCAAAAAGGCGAAGUUCGUGGUAUGAAAGCAGAUACAGAAUAAAUUAAUGAAUAGAAAAAGGAAAUUAAGAAAGAGAAAUAUAAAUAAGUUUAAAAACAAAUCCAACUAAAAAACGCAACCAUGAUUUAGAUAAAUUUCUAAUUAAGUUUCCAUAAUACUGUGCUAUAGUUAUAAUAAAAUUCGAUAUAAAAUGGAUAGUUCUGUAUGGCGGUCAAUAAUUUUUCAUUAAAAAAAUUGAAAAUUAGAUUAUUUGCCUUUCCAAAUGAUACAUCUUACUCUCCAUAUUUAUUUAUCUUUUUAUAUAUUAAUUUCGUCGAAAAUUUAUUUGUUUCAUUUGUAUAAUCAUCACAUUUGUUGAGAUAUGUAUAGUAAAUUUUUUAUAAAACUAUUAGUGAUUAGCAAUUUUUUUAUGUUUGAAAAUGAAAAUUCAACCUUUAUGAAAUUAAAAAAGUUUAUUAAAAGUAUUAAAAAAGGCAGCUGCUCAUAAUGCGCUUGUGAAUAUAUUUUUUUCAAUAACCAUAAGAUUCUUUUUUUUAUUGGAAAUGUUGAUUAAAAGUACAGAGUUUAUCCUAUAACUAUAAUAAUUAUCAGAACCUUGACAUUCAGUAACUAGAAAUGUUAAUAUUAACGAGUAUUAAAUGUAACUUUUCUUUUUUCCAAAUACAGAAUGUCUAGUCUUGAAUUUCAGUAUUUUAAGUAUAAAAAAUGUUUUUUUUUUUAAUAAAAAUGGUGCAUUUAUAAAUGUUCGAUUUUUGACAUGAACACAUUUUAUGAGUGAUGAAGAAAGGAAGCAAAGGUGGUUAGUUUCAUUCAACCACAUAUUUUUUUUAUUAUAAUCUCACUAUAACUCAUAAAACAAUCAAAAAUCGUACAUAUAACUAUUCACAAAAAUAUAUGUGGCAUUCUGGCUUGUAUUUAUUAAUUUAUGUAUCCACGUGGUGUGUCAUGUAGUUAGAGUUAAAUUUCCUUCAAAUUCCUUGAAAUUGAAAAUUCACAGUCUUAGUCAAGUUUUGGUAAAAAAGCAUAUAAAAUUAAUAAAAGUAAUUAAGUACUAUUUCAGACUCUUUCCACUUCCAGACGAAAUGUUCAUCAAAAUAUCUAUUGGUUUUCCAAAAAACUUAUUCACCAUAUUGAAAAACACACUGUUAUAUAAUAAAUUGUCAUUGUUUUAUGGAUAAACUAUACGGCAUACCCUGAAUAUUAUGGAGUCCCAAUAGUAAGGAACUAUAAUGAUAUCAUUUUGUGAGAUCAAAAAACAUACCGAAAUUAUAAUUUUUUAAAUAUUAAUUGUUGAUAUUAUUUGUUUUUGUAAAUUAUUAUACAUUGUAACCAUUCCACUUCUGUAUUUUAAAAGCCCCAAUGAUACAUUCAGCAGAUAUUUUCUGUUUAUAGUUUCCCACUGACUGUAUCCCUCCUUGUAGUUUUAAUACUAUCUAUCUUCUUUUCCCUUUGAAAGUGUAACAGAGCUUCUAUGCUGAUAUAUUUAAUUAUGUCAAUAUUUCUUCUCAGUAUUCUAAAGCGCAUUAAAAUACAUCUCGUGCUUUUAUGCUUUUAUCGACACCUAUUUACCUAAGAAAAUUAAAUGCUUUUGUCAAUCACCUAAUAUUAUAAAAUCUCGAUCACUUUCCAAAAUGUGAAUGAUAACAAGGACAUUGCAUUGCUAGUUGUAAUUGAUUUAGAAAUUGGAGUUAUGUGAAGACCAUUAUCCAAGUUCCUCCAAACGUAUCAUGGCCACUACAAUAUAGAAUUGGGAUUUUUGAAUUACAGAGUAAUAAGUUUCAAAAUGGACUCAACAUAUUGAAAUUUAAUACUCCCCAUUUAAGGUUUUCUGUAAUAUGAGAUACAGGUUUAAAUGUUAUAAAAAUAACGAGAAAGUUAGUUUCGCAAUUAUACCGAAUGUUUGGGACACCUUUUUAUUUUUCUUCUAAUCAGUAGUUACCAAUUUAUUUCACUUUUUAUUUUUGGGAGUUUUAUUUUUUUAAGGUCUUAGUUAAUAUAACCAAAUAUAACGCAAAUUACCCAUAGAGAAAAAUAAUGAAUUUGUUUUGUAUCCUGUUAAUAAACUACUUUUUGAAUUGAAUUUUUUUUUAUUUAUAUAUUGAUAUGGGGGUUUUCAUUAUUUUUCUUAUUAUUGUAACAUUCAGUAAAAUUCAAAUUCUUAUAAAUAUUAGUUGAAAAGUGAUUUUUUUUAAAUAUUUUCUAUACGAAUUUUGUACUGUAAAUUAUUUUUUAUUAUACACGAAAGAAAUGACUAGGAAGGAAUAAAAUCGUCACAAGUUACAUGUGCAAUUAGUAAGUAUAAACCAUUCAUAUAUUAUUUUAAAAUGAUAUCAAAUAUUUAUAAAAAGUAGAAAAAAUAAAAAACACGUUUUAACGUCUAGAAUUUUUCUAUUUGUAACAUUUUCUACUGAAAGGUAUAAAGUUGCUUUGCUUUAAGAAAGAAUUUCAUAUUUUUUGUAAUGAUUACUUCAAAAACUAUAUCAAGGGAAACUUUUUUGUACACAUUUACUCUUCACCAAUUUUUUUGAAAACUUUCACUAAAAAAUAAAAUAUUCUUGAUGUACAAUCGUGUGAGGUGUUAUUUCUUCCAAAUUCCACUUUGAUACUUCAGUUUCUAUUUUUUAUAUAAUUAUAUAGUACAAGAACCAUUUUUGUCAAGUCUUAGAAAUAUUUUUAAGAUACUAAUUAAAUGUUUUUAUCGUAGUCGUUUUUAUAGUCAUCUUUAGAUGUUGGGAUCAUCUUUGACAAUAUGGUUAAAUUAAGAAUAAAUUUUUAAAAGUGUGUCUCUAGUCGCGUAUUUCGUAGAUUAAUCGCUACAUGUAAUCAGUGAGGUACAAACAUUUAUAUUUAACAAAUGGAACCUAUUGAAGAUAGCGAUUUGUACUUGAUAAGAUGGUUCUUAAUAUCCCCUUUUUUAUAUAAAUAUAUAAUACACGUAAUAUAAUAUUGUAGAAAUUGACUUAUAAAAAUUAACAUGUAAGUUAUAUUCGGAUUAAAUUGGAAUUUUUUUUUUGUUUAAUAUUUUUUUUUGUUUAUCGAUAUUUUUAAUAUUUCGAAUUGAAUUUAUUAUGGUACAUCUAACUAAAGGGUCGUUUUUAAAGAUAAUGGAAAUCGAUAAAAAUUUUCAUUUAAUCCUAUAUUCCUUAUUUAAAAAAUAAAUCACUCCAUUUUUGGUUCAUCAUAAAUAUGUGAUAAAAGAAACCUUAAUUGAAACACCCUCUGUAUGUUUUGCUACAUCUCAAUAUGAAUUUAAUUUAUUACAUACUUGAUUAAAAACAAAAGACCUCAUUGAAUGAUAUUUAUAUACAAGGUGAGCUAAAUAAUAAAACUAGUAUUCAUUAUAUUCAGUUAUAUUUAUUUCUGUUUUUGUUUUUUCAAUCAUAAGCUUCUAAUUUCAAUCGGAAGCCAAUCAACUCAUUCUUAUAAAUAAUAUAAACUAAAAAAUUAUGUCAAAUUGCAAGAAAUAUUGUAUUUUAUCCUUUCUGGCAAAUAUUUUCCACAACAAUUCGGUAGGCAACAUAUAAUACGUGUAUGUGAUAAUGGUUACAUACAUAUAUGAAACUUUAACACUAUAUGAAUGUACUUAUUUCUAAUUUAAAAAUGAAGCCCAAUGUUUUAUUUGUAAUAUUCAAUUAUCUAGCACAUCCUGUAAAAUCACUGAUUAUUAAAUUUAUAUUCGUUAUAUAUUUAUUAAUAGAUAUAGCGGAAUACGCUGAAAACAACAUUUCAUUCAGAACAUUACUUAUAACAAUCUAAUUGUUAUUGUGGAAUUUUUAAACUUAAAACUUUUCAAUGUUGGAACUAUUCGUGUGAACAAUUAUUAAAAAUACAGUACUUAGAAUAAUUUUAAAUGACAUUCUCUAAUAGUUCAAGGAUAUGUAUGUAAUAUUGUAAAAAAGAAUUGUACACGAAAAAAAUGUUAAUAAAAGUAGAUGAAAAUGUUGAAA